GGGGCGAAGCUCAGUUAGACACCGUGGUUGCCUAGGCACCCAGGCAAAAAUUGAAAAAGCUUGUUAGCAGCAAAGUUUCACCGUUAGUGCACCCCCCGUGGGCCACAAGCAGGCACCCCCCCAUGGACCAAUUAGUCAAUGAGCUUUCAGCCACAGGCCAAGGCGCAGACAGCAAGGCCCAAAGCCCACCAAAAAAAGCAGGAAGAAUGCUUCUCGAAGGAAACUGGGCAGAAUACGGAAGGACGUAUCUUGCUCUGUUCUUGCGCUUGCAGAUUGGCGUCUUUCUUCAGUUCUUCUGGUGCUUUCCUUUUCGCCAGCCGCGCUCGUCUUUUCGCCUGCCGCGCUCGCGCGCUUGGCCGACACGCGACGCGGUGCGGCGACCUCGACGCAGGCGCAGGGCACGCAAGCCGCACGGCCGCAAGGCAAGCCCGCAAGCAGCACUGCAGCACGCAGCAGCAGGCAAGGCAUCGCCCGGCCGCCCAGCGUCUGCAAGGACAGGGGUCAAAGGGCGCAUUUGGGAGGAAAUCAUGGAGAAGUAUUUUAAAAGAAAAGCACCAGAGCUAGAUAGUAGCAUCAAUCCACGAAAUUUAUGUGUGGAGGAUAUAAAUUGGGAAGAAGAGAUUAAAUAUGAUCCGGGCUUAAGGAAACAAAUUGAUUCUUAUCAUCCUAAUCAGAGAGAGAAGGUGAGAAGAAAAUACUUAGAGAACGGGCCUUGUCAGCCUCGCACAUGCAACUUUCCUGUUUCAUAUAUUGGAGACAAGCCAAGAAGAUUUAUUCCGGAAUGGUUUGAUGAGUUUGGAAGUUGGCUUGAGUAUAGUGAGUCCAAGGGUAGAGCAUACUGCUUUUAUUGUUUCUUGUUUAGAGAAAAGAAAGAUGCAGGAUAUGAAGCAUUUGUUGUUAAUGGUUGGAAUGGUUAUCACAGGAAAGAUAGGCUACGACUACAUGUUGGUGAUGUUGGUGGCCUGCACUUUGUUGCAAUGAAGAAGUGUGAUGAUUUGUUAAGGAGGGAGCAACACAUAGAUGUUGCUUGGAAUCACCACUGUGAAAAAGCUAAGAGGGCUUAUUUUACACGGUUGAAUGGAUCAAUUGAUACUGCUAGGCUAUUGCUGAAGCAAGGAUUGCCUUUUCGUGGUCAUGAUGAGUAAAAAAACUCCAACAAUAAAGGGAAUUUCUUGGAAUUUUAUCAUUGUGGCAACCGUGAGAAAACAUAAGGGCAUAAGCAAUUUUUUAACUCGGAUUUCAAUGUUGUUAAAUGUGGUGGGUGGUUCAGCAAAGAGAAGGGAUAUGAUUAGAGAUAUAAAUCAUGAACAAGUGAGGAAGGCCUUGGGUUGUGGGCAACUUGAGACGGGGACAGGGUUAAAUCAAGAGCAAUGCCUUCAAAGACCCGGAGAUACUCGUUGGAGCUCGCAUUAUAAAACUUUUAAAAGUUUGGUCAGCAUGUUUCCUACAGUAGUUCAGGUGCUAAAAGUUGUGGAAAAAGAUGACAAGGAUUGGAGAAAUAGAGAUCAAGCAUCAAAUCUUCUAGUCUAUUUUCAAUCUUUUGACUUUGUCUUUUAUUUGCAUCUCAUGUUAACUACAUUAGCAGCCACAAACACUUUGUCUUUAUCAUUGCAACGCAAGGACCAAGACAUUGUGAAUGCCAUUGGAUGUGUAAGAUCAACUAGACACCAUUUGAUUAGCCUUAGAAGAGAUGAGUGGGGUAAAUUGUUAGAUGAAGUGAAUGAGUUUUGUGCCAUGCAUGAUAUUGGUACAUUGCAAAUGGAAGAUACAUACAUUGAUCCCCAACAACCUAGGAAAAAAUCUGGAAUUACAAAUAAGCAUCACUAUGAAGUGGAUUGCUUUAAUGAAGUUAUUGAUUGGCUAGUCCAAGAGCUUGAUAGUCGUUUUAAUGAGACAAGCUCUGAAUUGCUUGUUUGCUCGGCUGCAUUCAAUCCAAGAGAUUCAUUUGCUGAUUUUGAUGUGGAUAAUUUGAUGAGAUUAGCAGAACUAUAUCCUGAUGAUUUUAGCUUUGAUGAUUUGAGGGAGCUUAGACACCAAUUGUGCCUUUAUAUUGCUGAUGUACGAGAAGAUGGUAGAUUCUCCAACUUAAAUACUAUUGGUGAGCUUUCCCAGAAAAUGGUGCAGUCAAAGAAGCACCAUCGUUAUACAUUUGUUUAUUGGCUCUUGAAGCUUGUGCUAGUAUUGCCUAUCGCUACUGCAACGGUAGAGAGAUGUUUUCAUGCCAUGAAGAUUGUGAAGACUUGCUUAGCUAAUCGCAUGGGCGAUGAGCACUUGAGUAAUAGGCUUAUUUGCUAUGUGGAGAAAGAAAUACUGAAGAAAGUUACCAAUGAGGCUGUGGUUCGACGUUUUAUGAACAUGGAAGGAAAAGAUCGCAAAUAUGAUAUCUGAAAUGAAAGGGACCGGGAUUUUGGAGUCGGAUCAUAUAUUUUGGUUAUGAUUAUGGAUUUAUCAAAUGGCAUGAUCAAUAUCACUUCAUUUUGUUAAAUGGUAGAUAAUACUAUCACUUAUUCAUAUUUAUUACCCUAUCUAUGUUGAGCUAUUGAUAUCAAAUGUUUGGUAAUUAUGCCAUAUAGCUAUGAUAUAUUGUUUCAACCAUAGCCGCAUGUCAAUAUAUCAUCAUGCUUACGGU